AUGUCGUCUGGGGCCAAGGAGGGGGGCGGGGGCUCCCCCGCAUACCACCUCCCCCACCCGCACCCGCACCCACCCCAGCACGCCCAGUACGUGGGCCCCUAUCGGCUGGAGAAGACGCUGGGCAAAGGGCAGACAGGGCUGGUGAAACUAGGGGUUCACUGCGUCACGGGCCAGAAGGUCGCCAUCAAGAUUGUGAACCGAGAGAAGCUGUCAGAGUCGGUGCUGAUGAAGGUGGAGCGAGAGAUCGCCAUCUUAAAGCUCAUUGAACACCCGCACGUCCUGAAGCUCCACGAUGUCUAUGAGAACAAGAAGUACCUGUAUCUGGUCCUGGAGCACGUCUCUGGAGGUGAGCUGUUUGACUACCUGGUGAAGAAGGGGAGACUGACGCCCAAGGAGGCCCGGAAGUUCUUCCGGCAGAUCGUGUCGGCGCUGGACUUCUGCCACAGCUACUCCAUCUGCCACAGAGACCUGAAGCCCGAGAACCUGCUUUUGGACGAGAAGAACAACAUCCGCAUCGCCGACUUCGGUAUGGCCUCCCUGCAGGUGGGCGACAGCCUGCUGGAGACCAGCUGCGGGUCCCCCCAUUACGCGUGUCCGGAGGUGAUUAAGGGGGAGAAGUAUGACGGUCGGCGAGCGGACAUGUGGAGCUGUGGGGUCAUCCUGUUUGCCCUGCUUGUGGGGGCUUUGCCUUUUGACGACGACAACCUCCGUCAGCUGCUGGAGAAGGUGAAACGGGGUGUUUUCCACAUGCCCCACUUCAUCCCCCCGGACUGUCAGAGCCUCCUGAGGGGCAUGAUCGAGGUGGAGCCGGAGAAGAGGCUCAGUUUGGAGCAAAUUCAGAAACAUCCCUGGUACCUGGGCGGGAAACACGAGCCGGACCCCUGCCUGGAGCCGGCCCCGGGCCGCCGGGUGGCCAUGCGGAGUCUCCCAUCCAACGGAGAGCUGGACCCCGACGUCCUGGAGAGCAUGGCGUCGCUGGGCUGCUUCAGGGACCGCGAGCGGCUGCACCGUGAGCUGCGGAGCGAGGAGGCCAAGCCAGGGCUGCAGAGGCAGCCCAAGAAAUCAGGCCGUAGUACUCAGUGCUCCAAGUGCUGCAGCGACCCGCCCCGGAAGCGUGUGGACUCCCCCAUGCUGAGCCGUCAUGGGAAGCGGCGGCCAGAGCGGAAGUCCAUGGAAGCCCUGAGCAUCACCGAUGCCGGGGGUGGUGGCUCCCCCGUGCCCACUCGCCGGGCCCUGGAGAUGGCCCAGCACAGCCAGAGAUCACGUAGCGUCAGUGGCGCGUCCACCGGUCUGUCCUCCAGUCCUCUAAGCAGCCCAAGGAGUCCGGUCUUUUCCUUCUCACCGGAACCCGGCCCUGGAGAUGAGGCCCGGGGUGGGGGCUCCCCGACUUCCAAAACGCAGACGCUGCCUUCUCGGGGCCCCAGGGGUGGGGGCGCCGGGGAGCAGCCCCCGCCCCCCAGUGCCCGCUCCACGCCCCUGCCUGGCCCCCCGGGCUCCCCGCGUUCCUCCGGGGGGACCCCGCUGCACUCACCCUUGCACACUCCCCGGGCCAGCCCCACGGGGACCCCAGGGACAACCCCGCCCCCCAGCCCUGGUGGUGGCGUUGGGGGCGCCGCCUGGAGGAGCCGCCUCAACUCCAUCCGCAACAGCUUCUUGGGCUCGCCUCGCUUUCACCGGCGCAAGAUGCAGGUCCCCACCGCGGAGGAGAUGUCCAGUUUGACGCCAGAGUCCUCUCCGGAACUGGCAAAACGUUCCUGGUUUGGGAACUUCAUCUCCUUGGAUAAAGAAGAACAGAUAUUUCUCGUGCUAAAGGACAAACCUCUGAACAGCAUCAAAGCGGACAUCGUCCACGCCUUCCUGUCGAUCCCCAGCCUGAGUCACAGCGUGCUGUCACAGACCAGCUUCAGGGCUGAGUACAAGGCCAGUGGUGGCCCCUCCGUCUUCCAGAAGCCCGUCCGCUUCCAGGUGGACGUCAGCUCCUCCGAAGGUCCGGAGCCCUCCCCGCGACGGGACAGCAGCAGCGGCAGUUGCAUCUAUUCCGUCACCUUCACCCUCAUCUCCGGUCCCAGCCGUCGGUUCAAGCGCGUGGUGGAGACCAUCCAGGCUCAGCUGCUGAGCACACACGACCAGCCCUCCGUGCAGGCCCUAGCAGAUGAGAAGAACGGGGCCCAGACCCGGCCAGCGGGCACCCCACCCCGAAGCCUGCAGCCCCCGCCUGGCCGCCCCGACCCAGAGCGCAGUGGCUCGGCCCGCCGAGGCCCUCCCAAGGACAAGAAGCUCCUGGCCACCAACGGGACCCCUUUGCCCUGA